CCGGGGCGUGGGGCCCCGCCGCGCUUCGCUCUCCGCGCUCCGGGGUCCGCCCCUGCGCCCCGGCCGUCGGGCUCUGUGCGUCCGGUGCCCUUGCGGAACUUGGGGGCGCCGACCCCGCUUUCAGUCCUGCGGUAGUUAGUGAAGCUGCGCGUGUGUCGUGCCCGUUGUCGGGAUGCCCUCGACCGAAUUCUCACGUGAUGGAUGCCUGAUUUCAGCCAAGCAGAUUGCCCGCAAACCUGUAGCGUUUUCACCAGGUUCAGGCUGAAAAAUACUUCACUCGCCACUAACGUACUGUCUGCCUUCGCCAACACUGCCAGGGUGCUUGGGAGUGCAAGUAAAACUUUUCCCAUGAUGUCAGCAGAAUCUGUGGAGAUUGAUGAUGCAUUAUACAGUCGACAGAGGUACGUCCUUGGAGACACAGCAAUGCAGAAGAUGGCUAAGGCCCAUGUUUUUUUAAGUGGUAUGGGUGGUCUUGGUGUGGAAAUUGCAAAGAAUCUUGUUCUUGCAGGGAUUAAGGCACUUACAAUCCAUGAUACAGAAAAAUGCCACACAUGGGAUCUAGGGACCAACUUCUUCCUCUGUGAAAAUGAUGUUGUUAAUGUGAGAAACAGGGCUGAAGCUGUACUUCACCAUAUUGCAGAGCUAAAUCCAUAUGUUCAUGUCACAUCAUCUUCAGUUCCUUUCAAUGAAACUACAGAUCUCUCCUUCUUAAGUGAAUACCAGUGUGUGGUUUUGACUGAGAUGAAACUUCCAUUGCAAAAGAAGAUCAACAACUUUUGCCGUUCUCAUUGCCCUCCAAUUAAGUUCAUCAGCGCAGAUGUACAUGGAGUUUGGUCACGAUUAUUUUGUGAUUUUGGUGAUGAAUUUGAAGUUUCAGAUACAACAGGAGAAGAACCAAAAGAAAUUUUCAUUUCAAACAUAACGCAAGCUAAUCCUGGCAUUGUAACUUGCCUAGAAAAUCAUCCUCACAAACUUGAGACAGGACAGUUCCUUAGAUUUCGAGAAAUUAAUGGAAUGACAGGUCUAAAUGGAUCUGUACAACAAAUAACUGUGGAAUCACCAUUUUCUUUUAGCAUUGGUGAUACUACAGGGCUGCCAUCAUAUUUACAUGGAGGAAUAGCUGUAGAGGUUAAGACUCCUAAAACAUUUUGCUUUGAGCCAUUGGAGAGGCAGAUAAAACAUCCAAAGUGCCUUAUUGCGGAUUUUAGCAAACCUGAGGUGCCUUUGCAGAUUCACACAGCUAUGCUUGCAUUGGACCAAUUUCAGGAGAACUACAGUCGCAAGCCAAAUAUUGGAUAUCCAGAAGAUAUAGAAGAGCUAUUGAAACUAGCAACGUCUGUAAGUGAAACAUUGGAUGAAAAGCCUAAGGUAGACGCUGACAUUGUGCGUGGGCUCGCCUGGACUGCCCGAGGCUUUUUACCCCCGCUUGCUGCAGCAGUCGGAGGAGUUGCUAGUCAAGAAGUACUGAAAGCUGUAACCGGAAAGUUUUCUCCUUUAUGCCAGUGGUUAUAUCUUGAAGCAGCAGACAUUGUCGAAUCCCUAGGCAAACAUGAAUAUGAAGAAUUUCUCCCACGAGGCGAUAGGUAUGAUGCUUUACGAGCCUGCAUUGGAGAUACUUUGUGUCAGAAGCUGCAAAAUUUGAAUAUCUUUUUAGUAGGAUGUGGAGCCAUAGGCUGUGAAAUGUUAAAAAAUUUGGCCUUACUUGGGGUUGGUACAAGCAAAGAGAAAGGAAUGGUUACAGUUACAGAUCCUGACUUGAUAGAAAAAUCAAACUUAAAUAGGCAAUUCCUGUUUCGUCCUCAUCACAUACAGAAACCUAAGAGCUAUACUGCUGCUGAUGCAACUCUGAAAAUAAAUCCUCAAUUAAAGAUAGAUGCACAUCUGAACAAAGUAUGUCCAGCCACUGAGGCCAUUUAUAAUGAUGAGUUUUAUACUAAACAAGAUGUAAUUAUUACAGCAUUAGAUAAUGUGGAAGCCAGGAGAUAUGUUGACAGCCGUUGCUUAGCAAAUCUUCGGCCUCUCUUAGACUCUGGAACCAUGGGCACUAAGGGGCACACGGAAGUUAUUGUACCUCACUUAACGGAAUCCUAUAAUAGUCAUCGGGAUCCCCCAGAACAGGAAAUACCAUUUUGUACUCUGAAAUCCUUUCCAGCUGCUAUUGAGCAUACUAUACAGUGGGCAAGAGACAAGUUUGAAAGUUCCUUUUCCCACAAGCCUUCAUUAUUUAACAAGUUUUGGCAAACAUAUCCAUCUGCAGCAGAAGUCUUACAGAAGAUACAAAGUGGACAGAGUCUAGAAGGUUGUUUUCAAGUUAUUAAGUUACUCAGCAGAAGACCUAGAAAUUGGCCCCAGUGUGUAGAAUUAGCAAGAUUAAAAUUUGAAAAAUAUUUUAACCAUAAGGCGCUUCAGCUUCUUCACUGCUUUCCUCUGGACACACGAUUAAAAGAUGGCAGUUUGUUUUGGCAAUCACCAAAGAGGCCACCUUCUCCAUUACAAUUUGAUUUAAAUGAACCUUUGCACCUCAGUUUCCUUCAGAGUGCUGCAAAACUCUAUGCUGCAGUAUACUGCAUUCCAUUUGUAGAAAAGGACUUAACAAUAGAUGCCCUCAUGAAUAUUCUUUCAGAAGUAAAAGUUCAGGGAUUCAAGCCAUCUAAUAAGGUUGUUCAAACAGAUGAAGCUGCACGGAAACCAGAUCAUGUUCCUGUUAGCAGUGAAGAUGAGAGGAAUGCCGCUUUCCAGCUGGAGAAGGCUAUCGUAUCUAACGAAGCCCGCAGAAGUGACCUUCAGAUGGCGGUGCUUUCAUUUGAGAAAGAUGAUGACAGUAAUGGACACAUAGAUUUCAUCACAGCUGCGUCCAAUCUCCGUGCCCGAAUGUAUAGUAUUGAACCAGCUGACCGUUUCAAAACAAAGCGCAUAGCUGGUAAAAUCAUACCUGCCAUAGCAACAUCCACUGCUGCAGUUUCUGGCCUGGUCGCCUUGGAGAUGAUCAAAAUAACUGGUGGCUUUCCAUUUGAAGCUUACAAAAACUGUUUCCUUAACUUAGCCAUUCCAAUUAUAGUGUUUACAGAGACAUCUGAAGUAAGAAAAACUGAAAUCAGAAAUGGAAUAUCAUUUACAAUUUGGGACAGAUGGACUAUACAUGGAAAAGAAGAUUUCACCCUCUUGGAUUUCAUAAAUGCAGUCAAGGAAAAGUACGGAAUUGAGCCAACAAUGGUAGUUCAGGGAGUCAAAAUGCUUUAUGUUCCUGUAAUGCCUGGUCACGCAAAAAGAUUGAAGUUAACGAUGCAUAAACUUGUGAAACCUUCUACUGAAAAAAGAUACGUAGAUCUUACUGUGUCAUUUGCCCCAGACACCGAUGGAGACGAGGAUUUACCAGGACCUCCAGUGAGAUACUUCUUCACUCACGACACCAAAUAGAGGUGAUCUUAAAGUUAAUCCACGACUACAUGGUUCUCUGAAGAGUGCACCCAACUCAAAAGCUUAAAAAAUAAGCUCCUACUACUGUGGAUUUCUCUUUUGAAGAAGCCUUAAUUUAAGGAAAACAUCAGUGAGAAACUCCAUUAAAUAAUUCUGAUGCUUUACACGUGACUGUGAUAGCAAACAACUUUUAAUUGGAAUACCAUUUUAUAAUAUAACAAAUUUGUGUAUUAAGCUCUCUGGAAGAAAAUAAAACAGAAUAUUUGUCUGUGACAAAAAGAAAACUAUAAGGAACUUGAAAGUAGUGAAUGCUGCUAUCCAAACAAUUUAAUCUCACUUUAUACGUUUCUUUUUUGUUUGGUAUUUGAGACCCAUUUUUCAAUACAAAUGUUGUUCAGUACCUUGUGUCUCUUAUGUGAUUAGCUUUUAAAAAUUUAAUACCAAUGGGAGGAGGAGAGAUAAUAGUGAUAGAUAAAGAGUAGAGAUUUUAAUUUAUGUAGUUAUAUUUUACUGUCCUGUUACUUCUGCUAGUUUAUGUGGGUUUUUUUGUUUGUUUUGUUUUUUUCCGGUAUCAGGAGUUGAACUCACCACCUUGUGCUUGCCAGGCAGGCGCUGUGCCGCUGAGCUAAAUCCCCAGCCCCGCUUGUGCUGGUUUAAAGAGUACAUUAUAUCCUUGUCUUCUCCCAAGUCAGGAUUUUUUUUUUUAUAUCAUCAGUGUUGUAAGCCAUAAGCAAAUCAGAUGACUCAUGUCACCUCGAACUGUUAACAGUAUUAUAUGGACUCAGACAACCCUCUUAGAAAAUCCAAGAAUGUGAACAGAUAAUAUGGCUAACCAUUCAAACUUUAAAUAUGCCUUCUGAUGUAUUUUAUUUAUUUAGAACUCCAAGGGAUGUGAAACAAAUAUAAGACUAAAAGCUCUGUGAAGGGAGUGUCCUCAGAAAUAGAUGUAAACUAAAAAUUAAAAAUGUCAUCAUUAGUAGUAGAGUCUUGAUUUUUCAAUUUCUUCCAGCAAUCUAAGGUUAAGAAAAAAUAUGUCUACCUUAAAGGAAAGUAUGUUGUUUAAUUCUCCCUUCCCAGAAAGAGGAUUGAAAAGAAUGAAAAGAUGUUUUUUAGAUAUUUACUGUAAGAAAUAUUCUGUUUUCUAACAUGAACGAUUGCAGAUAUAAGUGCUUUCAUUAAGACAAUGGGAACAGUAUUCAACACUGUGAACGCAGUGAGAGCAGCAAGGGAUUCUUCACUAAGGCUGACUUGCUUGCAAAAGCAUUGGGCAUUUCGUAACCUCAGGAAGUCUUUUCCCUGUAGCUCCUCUUCUACAGUGGAUUCACUCCAGUUUGCUCUCUAUACUCUGUACUUACUUUUCUUUUCCACUUACAAAUAGUUUAAUUUUUUUUCAACCAACCAUUUUGUUUCCAUGUUUUGUAAAAGUAUCAUCUAGUUGGAAAAAUAUAUUUGGCAAUGGAGAGUCAGUUUGAGGAACUGAAGGAAAAUCUGCCCAUUGAGACAUGCAGGAAGUGAACAGGAUGAGUUUUAAGAAAAUAGCUACCUUUGAAAUAAAUUAAUGUUUGAUCCUCAUACUCUACCCUCUCCCAUUGUGUGAAUUCCAGUGCCAGAAGUUAACAGUACCUAAAAUUGAAUCCAGGAAUAUCAAGGCUCUGUGUCUUAGAAUAUUAGAGGGUAGGAGUAAAAAGACCUUUGUAUUAAGAAACCAUUUUCCACUUUCACUUUGUGUUGUGCUCUUUGACAGUGACUGAUAUUUUCAAGGUGAUUCAUCUCCAGUCCUCAAGUAUUAUCUAAUAGCUGGCUUAUACUUUAGCCAAGUGUCCACGUCUUUUUGAAGUAAAUUGAGAUCCAGACUGUCAGUUCGUAUUUAUAGGAAUCAUUGCUUUGGCAGAUAGCAGUAAAUAAAAUCAACAAAGAUUAAGUUCAUUUUGUCAUUAAACCUGCAACUGUUUUUUUCGAUAGUAGUGGUUACUGCUGUCUUUUCUUCUAAUUAGUUCUACUAAGCUGAAAGCCAGGGUAAAGUUAAUGACAGUUUUUUUCAUGGUUCUGUUUAUCUCUGUACAUGACAUCAGUAUUGGUUGAGAUACCAGGUGCAAAAGUUUUGUACAAUUCCAUUGAGUUAUUUUUUACUUUAAAUUUAAAAAUAAAUGAAAUUUGAGAAUAUCUUUAUA